AUGUUUGUCCGGUCGCGCUUCCGGCUUCUAGUCGCCGUCGCCCUGGUCCUCUGCUUUUUCCUGCUGCACCGGGCCAGGAAUGCGCGCGUGGUGGUUCUUCGGCCGCAGGAUCACGCUAGCAACAGCACAAUAGGCUUCCAACAAAUAUUCGCCCUGUCCCAGCGCCCGUCGUGGCGCACCCGUGGGCUCGAUGCUGCUGCCAACCUGACCGGGCUGGACAUCACCAUCCCACCCCAGCCCCCCGUGGACAAUCGGCUUGCGGAGGCGUUUGCAGACAUCGAGCCCCAUCUUGUCGGUGCGCAGCAGCCAGCGCCCGGGGCAAGCAAGGCCUGGCUUGCGCACCUGGACUUGCUGAAGCACGUCUACAUGCUGGACCUUGAAACUGCCCUGAUUCUCGAGGACGACGCCGACUGGGACACGGCACUACGCCAGCAGAUGCAAAAUAUUUCGUUGGCGGUGCGAAAUCUUACUGGCACUGCAGAAACCGACUUGACGCCGUAUGGUGAUGGCUGGGACGUGCUCUGGCUUGGGCAUUGCGGCGAACAGUGGGAUGACCAGAUCGAGACGGUAAUCUUUGACGACGUCAAUGUCAACCCCCAUGAAGCUUAUCACGGCUUCUGGCCGGAUGAGCUAGCUCAGCUACCGGAUUUUAAGCGGGCAGUGUACUGGUCCUCCAGCCCCGUCUGCACCUUUGCAUACGCCGUCUCACACGAGGGCGCCCGCAAGAUUCUGCGUAUUGCAGGGGCUGGUCAGGACGAGGCAUUUGACGUCAAGCUGCAGCAUGAAUGCCAGGGGGGACGACUUGCGUGUAUCUCGGUGGUGCCGGAAGUCUUUCACCAGUACUUCCCGCCGCCCGAGUUUGAUGUUAUGAGCGAUGUGGACGUUGGCAAUCACAAGGGCGAUCAGGCGCAGGAUGAGGCAUUCGAGUCGCUCAUGGGUUCGACCGAGAAUAUUGUAUACAGUGCCCGGUGCCAGGCGUUGUGGGGGAAGCAGUGUCCCCGUACAGAGGAAUCGCCAACAGAGGAACCACCUACAGAGGAAUGA